UUUACGACAUGACGUAUUCUGUUACUGGGUAAACAAGAUGGCGUCUGGCAGUGGGUCCAGUAAGAACGACUUCCGCAGGAAGUGGGACAAAGACGAAUAUGAAAACCUCGCUCAGAAACGACUGGCUGAGGAGAGAGACAGAGAGAGGAGAGAUGGGAAAACGGCUCCGCCCGUUAAGCGGGACCUCCUGCGUCACAGAGACUACAAAGUGGACCUGGAGUCCAAACUGGGGAAGACCAUUGUCAUCACAAAGACCACUCCUCAGGCUGAGAUGGGCGGUUAUUACUGUAACGUCUGUGACUGUGUUGUCAAAGACUCCAUCAACUUCCUGGAUCACAUCAACGGCAAAAAACACCAGAGGAACUUGGGGAUGUCGAUGCGAGUUGAGCGCUCGUCUCUGGAUCAGGUGAAGAAACGUUUUGAGGUGAACAAGAAGAAGAUGGAGGAGAAGCAGAAGGAGUACGACUUUGAGGAGCGCAUGAAGGAGCUGCGGGAGGAGGAGGAGAAGGCGAAGGCCUACAAGAAGGAGAAGCAGAAGGAGAGGAAGCGGCGGGCUGAGGAGGACGUGGACUUUGAGGAGGACGACGAGAUGGCGGCUGUGAUGGGUUUCUCCGGCUUUGGCUCGUCCAAGAAGAGUCACUGAUGCUCUGCAGCUGCAUGACGAGGAUGGCCACCAUGAACCAGGACGGGGAACUGGUUUCCAGUCAGCUGGAGCUUCAGACUGUGACGACAGGAAGUCCCGCUGCACGCUCACUGUCCCGAUUCAGACUUAAAACCUGAAAAUGAUUCUUUUUAUCUGCUGUCAUGCUUUUAUUUUGGUAGUUUGAUCCGUCACUGUCAGCUCUGAUGGCGUUUACUUCAGCUGCUUCCUGUCGGUGAGCACCAAAAGUUCCUUUGGAUAAUCUGUGUGUCAGAAAACAUCAGAACUGAGAGAUGACGAGCGGACCAAAAAUAAAACUGCGGAAGUUUUCUUUAACGAUAAGACGUCUGACUGCGAGGCGUUCAAGUUCAUGCAGAUAAAAUGAGUUUUUGUUUUCACGGGAAGCAGAUUUUCAUUCAGAAGAACAUUUAACACCUUAAAAUCUAAAUUUUGAUAUGAUUUAAAUUCUCAUCUUGAAAAAUAUAAUUCAAGUUAAAUCUGA